AUGCCUAGGCUGAGUUGGACUUCUGCAGCCGCCAAAGCAUCAGAGUGGAGCCAGGUCAAUAUUGCCGCUAAGGAGCUUUUUCCCUUAGUGGUAGCUAUAGCCAUCUGGGGGCCCCAGUGCAAGGACUCCCAAAUAUGCCUCAACUCGGACAACCAAGCAGUGGCUCGCUGCUGUCAAUGCUCCUCGACAUCAAGCUACAGUGGACCUCCACACACUGGAAGGAGCUGUUCAGGGCUCUUUAGAAGGGGUCUAGCUGACAGCUCGGCCUCUUCAUACGCCACAGCUCAGAGACCCUUUUUAUCAUUCUGUGCAGAAUGUAACAUCACUCCACUGCCACUUUCUGAGCACACUCUAUGUCUGUUUGCUGCCUUUCUUGCAAAUCAGGGGUUGCAGGCUAGGACCAUCCAAGCCUACCUCUCAGCCCUAAGACAUUUCCAGAUCUCAGCUGGAUUGCCAGCCCCUCCCCUCAGUUCUUGGCCCUGGCUCCACUACAUUACAAGGGGCAUCAGGAGAUCCCAAGGCUCUUCACACAGGGUCAGACUCCCUAUAACAGCCUCUAUCAUGAGAGACUUAAUGAUCAGAUGGGCCCAGCCUGGGGGAGGCGGUCUCAAGAACCAGCUCUUCCAGGCCGUGGCUUGCACGGCCUUCUUUGGUUUCUUUCGCAUGGGGGAGCUACUACCAGAGAAAGCAGGAGCCCCUCCCCCAAUGCUUCUCUCAGACCUGUCCACUGACAGCCACUCCGCUCCUUCCAUUUUUCAGCUCCUAUGGAGACGAUCUAAGACAGACCCUUUUGGAAAAGAGGUGAAAGUCACACUGAGUAGGUCUGGAAAAGAAAUCUGCCCAGUGAAGACUAUGUCCUCGUAUCUAACAAUUUGGCCACGGUCAAAAGGGCCUCUAUUUAUUUGGGAGGAUGGGAACCCAUUGCUAAAAGAGCAGUUUGUGGCAGGAGUCCGCAAAGCUCUGGCCGAGGGGGGCAAGAAUCCUGACUGUUUCGCCGGUCACAGUUUCAGGAUAGGUGCGGUCACAACAGCGGCAGCAGCUGGAGUCCUGGCUCACAUUAUUAAGAACCUCGGCAGAUAG